AUGGUACGCGUUCUAGUUGCGUCUCCUCGUUGCGUCUUCUCGGUAGGACUGUGUUGUAGUUGCGUCUCCUCGGUAGGACUGUGUUGUAGUUGCGUCUCCUCGGUAGGACUGUGUUCUAGUUGCGUCUCCUCGGUAGGACUGUGUUCUAGUUGCGUCUCCUCGUUAGGACUGUGUUCUAGUUGCGUCUCCUCAGUAGGACUGUGUUCUAGUUGCGUCUCCUCGGUAGGACUGUGUUCUAGUUGCGUCUCCUCGUUAGGACUGUGUUCUAGUUGCGUCUCCUCGGUAGGACUGUGUUCUAGUUGCGUCUCCUCGGUAGGACUGUGUUCUAGUUGCGUCUCCUCGGUAGGUGUGCGUUGUAGUUGCGUCUCCUCGGUAGGUGUGCGUUGUAGUUGCGUCUCCUCGGUAGGACUGUGUUCUAGUUGCGUCUCCUCGGUAGGACUGUGUUCUAGUUGCGUCUCCUCGGUAGCACUGUGUUCUAGUUGCGUCUCCUCGGUAGCACUGUGUUCUAGUUGCGUCUCCUCGGUAGCACUGUGUUCUAGUUGCGUCUCCUCGGUAGGACUGUGUUCUAGUUGCGUCUCCUCGGUAGGACUGUGUUCUAGUUGCGUCUCCUCGGUAGGACUGUGUUGUAGUUGCGUCUUCUCGGUAGGACUGUGUUCUAGUUGCGUCUUCUCGGUAGGACUGUGUUGUAGUUGCGUCUCCUCGGUAGGACUGUGUUGUAGUUGCGUCUCCUCGGUAGGACUGUGUUCUAGUUGCGUCUCCUCGGUAGGACUGUGUUCUAGUUGCGUCUCCUCGUUAGGACUGUGUUCUAGUUGCGUCUCCUCGGUAGGACUGUGUUCUAGUUGCGUCUCCUCGGUAGGACUGUGUUCUAGUUGCGUCUCCUCGGUAGGACUGUGUUCUAGUUGCGUCUCCUCGGUAGGACUGUGUUCUAGUUGCGUCUCCUCGGUAGGACUGUGUUCUAGUUGCGUCUCCUCGGUAGGACUGUGUUCUAGUUGCGUCUCCUCGGACUGUGUUCUAGUUGCGUCUCCUCGGUAG